CAACUGACCCGGAUAUUAUUGCAAUGUCAAAGAUGGCGGACAUCAUGCCAAUCCUUGAAAAUUAACACAGUUUGGGAAACAAACUUUAAAGACACCUAAUCUCACAAUAUUAUACAAAACAUUGUAUGCUUUUUAUUUAAAGUGGAUAUGGCUUUGAGUGAAAUUAGUCGCAAUUGCCGGUUGCUGUUGAGUCAAAUUCAACGAUGCCGUCCCGGUCUGAAGCAGACAGUGCCAGCUCGGUGUUUGAGCCAGGUUGCUCCCCGACCGGAGCCCAGCGCGGAGCCAAACGAAGACGUGAGUCCGACCUUUGUGAACAGAAACCCCCGGAACCUGGAGCAGAUGGCCCUGGCUGUGAAGGACCGGGGCUGGAAAACCACUUGGCCUCACCAGCAGUUCUACCACAGGUUGAUGUUCUCUCGCAGUCAACACCACGUCACAGCUGAAGUGUUCUCCAGGAGCUCUCCCAUUCCAGUGGUUAGUUGUUCCACCAAAGAGUGGGCAUUGAAGAAGGAGCUGCCUUCCACCAGCUGCGUGGCAGCAUGUCAAGCUGUAGGAGAGGUGCUGGCACACCGAUGCCAGCAGGCCGGCAUCACUAGGAUGGUGUACAGGGAGAUUCCGUGGACGUACCGCUCAGAUGGUGUUCAAGCUUUCAGAAAUGCAAUGAAACAGGGAGGAAUCAUUCUCAGUGAACCCAGAAGGAAAUACGUCGGGACCUGAAUUUGAGCAUCAUCAGUCACAUCAUUAGUUUUGAUAAAUGUCUGUUUUAUCAGUUAUCACUGCAGAAGUAUUUAGAGUAAUGAUGGUAUGGUCCUUCCUGUGCUGCUCCGGUGCUUUAAUAAACAGAGAAAAACAAACA